AUGGCCGAGGAGGCGCGUAAGAGGCGGAACGCUGAGCGUGAGGCCCGUCUGGGCCGGCGUGCGGCGCAACGGAUGGCGGCGCGGCGGGCCAACCGCGAGCCGGUGUGGGUGAGGAUGGAGAAGGAGUACGUGCGCAAGAUGGUUCUGCCCAAGCUGGAGGAGGAGCAGCGAGUGCGGGAGAUGCGGCACGCGCGCAACAAGCCCCUCGACGCCAAGGAGAUGGCGGCGUGGGAGGCCAAGGUGACGGCGGCGCGAGAGGCCCGGAUGGCCGAGCUCCGUGCGGCUCGUCUGGCGUCGGCGCCGGCGGGCAAGCCAAAGUUCUUUACGGGCAAGCGUGCGCAAAAGGUGAUCGAGGAAGAGAAACGCGAGCGCGAUGGUCGCAAGAUCGCCCGCAAGCGCGCUGCGGAGCAGCUUGCUAAGCGUGCCGAGUACGCGUCGGCGGUCCGCAAGCUCUACACCAAGUCGCCCAAGGGCGUCAUUCCCAAGUCGACCAUGGUCCUCUCGCCCGAUCGUCCAGACUCGCCGGCUUCUACGAUGAGCAGCAGUCCGAGUCGGCACGCGUCGGUCGAUGUGGCCGAGUCGGCGGCCGCCAACGCCCGCGCCCUCUCGGCAGCGUCGCUGGCACAGGCGCACGAGCUGUCGGACGCCGCCGACGCAGCCGAGCACGCCGCCCUUGCAUCGGCUGCCGAUGCCGAGCAGCAGCUUGGUAGUGCCGCCGUCGACGCCACCGAGGCGCGGGUGGCCGAGCAGGGCCAGGUUACUGCCAUGUACAUCGACGCCAUCAAGGCUAACCUCGCGUCGGUUGUCGCUGAUCUCGGCGACGCGGGUGCCGGCAGCGGUAGUAUCGAUGAGAGCUAUGACAAGUCGGGCGAGGAUGACGAGUAUGACGAGUAUGAUGAGUAUGACGACGACGAUGACGAUGAUGAUGAUGAUGCUGAUGACGACGAGUACGACGACGACGAGUACGACGACGACGGGUACGACGAGAGUGGCUCUGGAACGGACGAGUAA